AUGAGCCAGCAGGAUGUGGUCGCCGUGCUUUCAGAACGCCUGCUCGUAGCCGCCUACAAAGGCCAAGUGGAGAAUGUGGUGCAGCUUAUCAACAAGGGUGCCAAGGUAGCGGUUACCAAGCAUGGCCGGACCCCCCUGCAUCUUGCUGCCCACAAGGGUCAUCUCCAUGUUGUCCAGGUUUUGUUGAAGGCAGGCUGUGACCUGGAUAUUCAAGAUGACGGUGAUCAGACAGCAUUGCACCGGGCUGCUGUCGUAGGGAAUACCGAUGUUAUAGCAAGUCUUAUUCAAGAGGGGUGUGCUUUGGACAGACAAGACAAGGAUGGGAACACUGCUCUUCAUGAAGCUUGUUGGCAUGGAUUCAGUCAGUCUGCCAAAGUGCUGGUUAAAGCAGGAGCCAACGUUCUUGCCAAGAACAAGGCAGGUAACACACCUCUUCACCUGGCUUGCCAGAAUAGCCAUUCCCAGAGUACUCGUGUUUUAUUACUUGGAGGAUCUCGAGCAGACCUCAAAAAUAAUGCAGGAGAUACCUGUCUGCAUGUGGCUGCUCGUUAUAAUCACUUGCCCAUCGUUAGGGUGCUGCUCAGUGCUUUCUGUUCUGUCCAUGAAAAGAACCAGGCAGGAGAUACUGCACUCCAUGUAGCUGCUGCUUUAAAUCACAGGAAGGUGGUUAAGCUGUUGCUGGAGGCAGGGGCUGAUGCAUCCGUUGUCAACAAUGCAGGUCAGACCCCUCUAGAGGUUGCCAGACAGCACAAUAACCCUGAGGUUGCGCUCCUCCUCACUAAAGCAUCACAGGUCUCACGCUUUAACCGUGGAAGAAGCCUGAGGAAGAAGAGAGAGAGGCUGAAGGAGGAAAGGCGAGCCCAGUCGGUACCACGGGAUGAAGUGGUACAGAGCAAGGGCAGCGUCUCAGCUGCUGACGACACACCGAGCAGUGACCAGCCACCGCAGAGAAAGAGCGAUCUGAAGGAUGAACCCCGGUCAACCUCACCAGAUCCCAAAGGGAAGAAGAGCAAAAAGAAAAAGCCAAAGGAAAAGGUUUCAGCACUCUCAGACCCCAUCUCCCCAGCUGAUCAGCAGACACUCCCUCGGCCCCAGCAAAACGUGCCUAAGCGCAGGAGUAAACAUCACUGCUCCUCUCCACCCCCUCCCCACGAGGUCCGAGCCUACCAGCUGUACACGCUCUACCGAGGAAAGGAUGGGAAGGUGAUGCAGGUGAGCCUGCGGGGGCCCUCGUCAGGGGAGACCCAGGGAGCAGCACUUGGAGUUGGGGCACAGUUAGCCAACGGACAGAAAAUGUGCUCGAUUAACUGCACUCUCAGGG